AUGGACGGCAAGGCUGAGUUUGCCGAGCUCAGUGCGAUGCGUGACCCGGCGACGGCCAGUCUGACCCGCAGCGUGCUCCUCAAGACGGAUAGCCGCGUCUUGCCGGUGCUGGCACUGCUGUUCCUCUGCUCGUUCCUGGACAGGACAAAUGUUGGAAAUGCCCGCAUCGUUGGUCUGGUCGAGGACCUCGGCAUGACGGACCUGCAGUUUACCCAAGGCCUGGCCGUCUUCUAUGCCACCUACAUUUUCAGCGAGCUGCCGAGCAACCUGGUUCUCAAAAGGGUCUCGCCCCGGAUAUGGCUCCCCUGCCUGGCCGUGGCCUGGGGCCUCGUCACCAUGUGUCUCGGCUUCGUGCGGGGCUUCGGCAGCUUCGUCGCCGUCCGGGCCAUUCUCGGCGUGGCCGAGGGCGGCCUGCUGCCGGGCAUGGUCCUCUAUCUGUCGGGUCUCUACACGCGUGGGGAGCUGGCGCUGCGCAUCGGCAUCUUUUACACCGCCGCCUCUCUCUCGGGAGCCUUCGGAGGCCUGCUUGCGCGAGGCUUAUCGGCCAUUGGCCCUCGAGGCGGUCUCGAGGGCUGGCGAUGGAUCUUUAUCAUCGAGGGGCUAAUUACAGUCGUUGCCGGCGCCAUUGCCUUUGUCGGCCUUCCUAACAGCCCGGCCACGGCCCGCUACCUCACCCAAGAGGAGCGCGAGUGGGCGCUGAAGCGUCUGGCGGCGAACGAGGGCGGCCGGUUCAAUCUUGCGAGCGAGAGAGAAGAGGGCUUCCGGUGGUCCGAAGUCGGCCGCGGCAUCCGCAAUGUCCAGGUCUGGCUCACGUCGACGGCAUACUUUGCCAUUCUUUCGGGACUCUACUCUUUCGGGCUCUUUCUGCCGACCAUUGUCAAUGACCUCAAUAUCGCGUCGAACCCGAACACGGCCCAGCUCUGGACCGUCAUUCCCUACGCAGUGGCCACACCAGUGACAGUCGUCGUCGCUUUUCUCUCAGACCGCCUCAAGCUGCGAGGCACCCUCGUGCUGUUCGUUCUCCCCGUCGCAAUCGCCGGCUACGCUGCCAUGGCCAAUGUCACGGGCGCGUCACCCCGGUUCGCCAUGACGUGCCUCAUGGCCAUAGGGCUCUACGCCGCCGUCCCCUGCAUCCUGGUCUGGAACUCCAACAACUCGGCCGGGCACUACAAGCGGGCCACCACGUCAGCAGUGCAGCUCGCCGUGGCCAACUGCGGAGGCUUUGUUGCUACCUUCGUCUAUCCCAAGAGCGACGGGCCGCUCUAUCACAGGGGCCAUACGAUCAUUUUGGGCCUCCUUUGCUACGCUUGGGCUGCGGUCUGGCUUAAUGUCCUCUGGUGCGCCAAGAUCAACCGCGGCAAGCAAAGGGGCGACUACGACGAGUACAUAAACUGCGGUGACGACCGCGACCCCGGGUUCAGGAUGAUCCUUUGA